AUGCCCGACUCACCACCGAGCUUGCCAAUCGUGAUGCCCACCGAUUACCGUGCCAAAUUUAACGCUGAACCUACCUCAUGCGACGAAAACUUUACAGCGGAGGUCCAAAGAAUCUUGACAAUGCUUAAUACUUCUACUGCGAGACUUGAUGAGAUCGAACAAGUUCUUCAAAACUACCAUAACAAUUUUGGUAGAGUCGCAACCGAAUUCGAAUCAAUCAAUGGAGCUAUCUCAACACUCCAAAACGAAAUUGAUCGACGCUAUGCCAUUAUCCAAAGGAUCGAGCCUAUUGAGGAAGCAGAAGUUCGAGAUAAUCCUCAUCUGAUCAACAAAGUGAUGCAAAUCAAUCCGAAGCUUCUUCCGGUUUGA